GGAUGCAGAUUGCACCUCGUACAUGGAUCCGACCAUACAGGUACCGACCAGAGAGGCACAAAAUGCGGCUCCGAGCUGCGUCCGGAAAGACUUACCUUGUCAGGAGCGAGCUUCGAGAAGUGGGGCAGCCGUAGAGGGGAAAAGCACCCCGCAAUAACAUCAUCAACGUCACAGACAGAUGAGCUUCACACAAAACCGUAGAACACUGCUGCGACUUUUCCGAUCUCAUUCUCGCGCUUUUACGUCCUACACCAUUCGACCUCCAUCGCGUCUCUUCACAGCCAUGUCUUUCGAAACCACUGCUACCAUUGCCUCCUUUGGAGGCAAGCUGCUGAAGCUCAAGCACAAAUCAUCGAGCACAAACACUGAUAUGGCACUCAACCUUUAUCUCCCACCUCAAGCUGCCAACUCGAGCUCCAAAGUCCCAGUGCUGUUCUACCUCUCCGGCUUGACAUGUACCGGCGACAAUUGCUCAGAGAAAGGCUUCUUCCAGCACGGCGCCAGCGAGAAAGGCAUUGCAGUCGUAUAUCCAGACACCAGCCCAAGGGGACUGCAAAUACAAGGCGAAGACGAUGCAUACGACUUCGGUUCUGGUGCCGGGUUCUACGUCGACGCAACGAAGGAACCGUGGACAAAAGGCUAUAACAUGUAUACGUACAUCACGAAAGAGCUUCCUGAGGCCUUGUUCUCAUCCUUCAAAGAGCUGGAUGGCAGUCGCGUCAGCAUCACAGGUCACAGCAUGGGCGGCCAUGGAGCUCUUACACUUUUCCUCAAGAAUCCCGGAAUGUACAAGUCCGUAUCCGCAUUUGCGCCCAUCGCCAACCCAAUUAACUGCCCAUGGGGACAGAAAGCGUUCAAGGGAUACUUUGGCGAAGACCAACAAGAGCAAUGGAAGCAACACGAUGCUACGGAGCUCGUAAAGCAAUGGAAAGGCCCACUUGAGAUUCUCAUCGAUGUGGGUACUGGCGACAAUUUCUACAAACAAAAGCAACUGUUGCCCGAGAAUCUGAUUGCUGCGGCAAAGGAAGCUGGAAACGAUAAGGGCAUCAAUCUCCGCUUCCAGCCGGAUUAUGAUCACAGCUACUAUUUCAUGGCUAGCUUUGCAGAUGAGCAUGUUGCGUAUGCAGCGAAGCACUUGGGCGUAUAGUAAGUGAUUGU